AUGAGUAACAUUGAAAGUUCGCGCCCUUCGAUAGAAGAGGCACCGCUUACUCCAAUGACAGAAAUUCCAUACGAUUCUAUCGCUCCAAGCACAACAAGAGAUUCAAUUAUCACAUACAGUACUGACUUGGGAGAUAGCAGUAUGACGACAGAUUACGUAUAUGAAAAUAAAGAAAAGGAGGUAUCCUCAGGAACACCCAACCCUCCAGCUUUUUAUCGUCGAAAACGCUUUUGGGCGUUAUGCGCAGCGAUUUCUACCAUUAUAGCCGCCAUUUUCAUACCCCUUCUUUUCUUGGUUAUAGUUCCAAACGUGGCUCAAAGCACGGUUAAUAAGUCACAGAUCAAAUUUCUUGUAAUAAACAUCACACAGGCAACCAAUGAUGGUUUCUUGGUUGAGAUGUCAGGAGUGGCUUCAAAUGCUGGUAUUUUUGACGCUACAUUGACAUUUAAUGGACCCUUGAGCGUUAUAUAUAAAGAUAAUAAGAUUGGUACGGUUAAAUUAGACGAUCUUAAAGUUUCCGGAGGAAAAGGAGAUGUAUCAGGGAUUAAUAGUUUUACCAUUGUCGAUAAACAAGCUUUUGAACAGUUCACAGGUGAUGCGAUGGUAGAUGAAUUUUUUGAAUGGACACUUCAAGGAAGUGCGAAUGUACGUGCAUUAGGAGUCACCACAAAAAAUUUAAAUGUCAAUAAAGUGGUCAAAAUCCCCGGCGGUAAUGGUUUUAAAAGUAAAUUGACGAAUUUAAAAGUUAGUCAGAACCAAGAUAAUUCUUUUAGCAUGGAGAUGACAACAAUUUUAAAUAAUAGUUCCCCUCUUUGCAUGGAACUUGGAAAUUUGACCCUUCAAGUUUUAGCUGGAGAUACCGUAUUGCUCAACGUAACUUCCAAUUAUUUCUACCUUGUUCCUAACGAAAAUACGUUAAUCUUGUCAGGAAUUGCACAGAUGCCAACAAGUGAUGUAGAAAAAUUAAUGUUUUUAAGCGUUAUUGAAGCUUAUCUAUCAAAUAAACCCAUCAACGCAACUGCUAAAGGAGUAUCUACUUCGCUCAAUGGUGGACCGGUGGAUUGGUUGGAAGCAGCUGUUGCGAGUUUAACAUUACAUACCGAAGUGGGAGGUGCUGAUAAACCCCCACAACUCAUAACAUCAGUUGAUCUUGGUCAAAUGAGUAUGCAGUUUACACCUGAAACAGCUUUCUCACCGUUAAUAUCUGCGAAAAAUACAACGGCCAAUUUCGUCCCACCAUUUGCCAUUCCAUUUCAAAUUUUGUCCAUACAACAAGAGUUAAAUAUUAAUUAUAAUGGAAAACCCGCCGCUACAGUUCAAACCCCUGAUACACCAGUGACAACCGCCAACGGUGAAAUCUCCCUUGAUGUUCCGGAAACUCACUUGCAAGCUUCUGAUGGAUUCUCUGACCUUUUGACAGCUUUAACGACAACUGAUGGAUCUGAUGUUGAAAUUACUGGAAAGGCCAACAUUACGGCGAAAACUCCAUUGGGCCAAACUAUCAUUCAUGAAAUUCCUUUUAAUGUAACUUCCAGAAUGGAAGGUUUGAACGAAUUUAAUAGCCCCGGAGGUGCUCCCGUCGUUAACAAUAUUAGUGUUUUAUCUGGAAGUCCCAAACAAAUUAUAUUAGGUUCUGUCGUAACUCUUAUAAAUCCUACGUUAUUUUCCGCUUCCAUCGGCCAAGUAGAUUUUAAUCUGUAUUCCAACAAUAGCCAAAUUGGAACUGUUACUAUCAAUGAUUUAUCCGUUGUCCCCGGACCUAAUCCACUUGCAGUUCUCAUUACUUUAGAUGAUCCUGCAAAUAAUGCUGGAAAUGAUGUUUUGAUUUCUUAUCUUAGCGGUAAAGACACAGUUUUAAACAUCAAAGGUUUCGAAACUUCAACAAAAGUAGCUAGUUUGGUACCAGCCUUCAAAGCAAUCGAUAUUCCAACACCUUUACCUCCAUUCAAUCUACCACUUGUCACAAAAGUUAACAUUGAAGUCACUGCAGAAUCCGCAAGAAAUAAUACCCUCAUAACAAUUAUUGAAAUGACAAAUCCUUUUGCUGCACCAUUAACGGUUUAUACGAUGGAUUCAGAUUUUUCAGUUAAUGGAACGACACUUGGAUCAAUAUCACUAGAUCUAAAAGAUCAACCGAUCUUCGUUCCAGGCAAUGCCAUUUCAAAACUUGGAUUUAAUGUUAAAAUGUUACUUGACCCUACAUCAUUGAUUUCACUUAUGAGAAAUUUAGCUAUAGCAAAGGGCAUGGAUGUUACGGUGCUUGACUUUUAUAUUGGAUUACUUCAUUUAAAUAUUCCUGGAGCUAAUGCUAAUGCAAUACCUACCCCUGGAGCUGAUAUUACAACCUUUAUUAAAACAGCAUUAAAGGAAAUUCCCACACAUGUCAAUUUAAAAGCUCAAGCUGCAAUUGGUGAAUAUUUUCUACCGUCGUUCGAAUAUCAACAAGAUGUUACCGCAGAAACAGAUGAUACCAUAUUACUUUUGCUUAUUUCAUUUAUAUUUCCGCAGAGCAAAUGA